AUGCAGACACUUCCCGCUCAUUCCUAUGCUAUGACAAUCAAUAAGAGUCAAGAGCAGUCUUUGUCGCACGUCGCCCUACUACUUAAGAGCCCCGUAUUUAGUCCUGGGCAAUUGUACAUGGCGCUUUCCAGAAAAGAAAGACAUCACCCGGCCACUACUGAGCUGAGCAGCUCCAGAAAAGGCGCCGGCGCGACUCUGCUCGAACACAACGAAAAUGGCGGACAAGGCAGUGACUAUCAGGACGAGGAAGUUAUUGAUGUGUUGCACCCAGGAAGAGCUAACGUUUCUAAGGCUGAGCUGAAGGAGAAAUUAGCUAGGUUGUACGAGGUUAAGGACUCGAAUGCCAUAUUUGUGUUCAAGUUCAGGACUCACUUUGGUGGUGGCAAAUCUACUGGGUUUGGCCUGAUCUAUGACACUGUGGAGAGUGCGAAGAAGUUCGAGCCGAAGUACAGGCUAAUCAGGAAUGGUCUUGAUACCAAGGUUGAGAAGUCCCGAAAACAGAUGAAGGAAAGAAAGAACCGAGCCAAAAAAAUCCGUGGUGUUAAGAAGACUAAAGCUGGUGACGCUGGUAAGAAGAAAUGAGCUCUCAAUAGGAUAUGGUGUAUUUUCGUUUUCAUUUUUUUUUUCCCAUUGUCGAAGAUCAUUAAUGUGUUACCCUAUCUUUAAUGUUGGUUAAUGAAAGACCUUUCUUAGACAUUGUGCUGCAUACAGUUUUUCCGUUUUGGACCUUUUUGGUUAUAAUGGGGACCUGUUCAGUUUUGUUGUUGAUCACAUUUACCUUUUGGGGUGAAAAUUUGGUCCUUGUAUUGUUGUGUUUUCAGGGUCGUUUCUAGUUUUGAAGAUAAUAAAGAUUCUAAGUAAAUGUAAGAAGUACACCUAGCCUAUAAAAAAG